AUGGAUGAGAGCAACGUCAUUUCCAGCGGCGCUGUCGAUGACAUCCACUCCGCGACUGCGACCCAAGAUGCUCCAGGCGAAGUGAUUAACCCUUCCGACGCCCCGGCCUCACCCAAAGCUCAGAACACCGAAGGCGAACCGGAGGAUGAGGAGAUGGGCGGCACAGAGACUGAACCAAAGAAAGAAAGCGAAGGCGCUGAAGAAAAUGCAGACGGCGUUGCGCAGUCAGGUGCCGAAGGUGCUACAGAAGAUCAGUCUGGACAAGGCAAGUCGUCGAUCGAAUCUUCGGCGCGCUCACAUCUUGUUUCGCAAACACAUGCCAUUAUCCUUCCCAGUUACUCCACGUGGUUCGACAUGCACACCGUCCAUCCGAUCGAGAAAAAGGCCCUCGCAGAGUUUUUCAAUGGCAGGAACCGAAGCAAAACACCUGCAGUCUAUAAAGAUUAUCGCGAUUUCAUGAUCAACACCUAUAGACUGAACCCUAUCGAGUAUCUCACAGUCACCGCAUGCCGUCGUAAUCUUGCUGGAGAUGUGUGCGCGAUCAUGCGUGUUCACUCAUUCUUGGAACAGUGGGGCUUGAUCAACUACCAGGUUGAUCCUCAAACCCGUCCGUCAAAUAUUGGUCCUCCCUUCACAGGUCAUUUCCGAGUCAUUGCUGAUACCCCCCGCGGCCUUCAACCCUUCCAACCCGGGCCAAACCAUUUUGUCAAGCCCGGAAAGCCUCUACCGGCCACUGAACGUGCAGCUUCAGCUGCCCCAGCAUCAAAGGCUGACCUUAACCUCGAAAUUCGUCGCAAUGUCUAUGAUGAUAAGGGUAAGGAGAUCACUCCUGCUGCUGAGGACAAGGAGAAGCAGACAAAUGGCGACGGCUCCACCAACGGUGCGACGGGUGACGCGGUGAAAGCGAUGGAAACCGCUUCCAAAGAACCCAGAAAGAAGUUCCACUGCUUCUCAUGCGGCAUCGAUUGUACCCGACUCAGAUUCCAUUAUGCAAAGUCGACUCCAGCCACCGCUAACGCAUCAGCCCCGGAUUCGAAGUAUGACCUUUGCCCUAACUGCUUCUUACAAGGCCGCAUGCCUUCCAGCCAUAGUGCCUCCGAUUUCGUUAAGCUCGAAGACAAUGCGUAUUCAGUGAUUCCGGACAAGGAUGCUCCUUGGUCUGACUCUGAACUUGUACUGCUCCUUGAAGGACUGGAGAAUUUCGAUGAGAACUGGGAGCAGAUUGCCAACCAUGUCGGCACUAGAACGAAGGAAGAAUGUGUGAUGAAGUUCCUGCAACUGGAGAUUGAGGACAAAUAUGUUGAGGAUUUGCCCGAUAUGCGGACCGCCGGUGGGCGAGAGCCCAUCAGCCAGGCUGAGAACCCCGUUCUGUCGGUAGUCGCCUUUUUGGCACAGAUGGCAGAACCUGCCGUGGCCGCUGCCGCGGCGGGUCGCUCCGUGGAUGAGAUCCGUAAGGAACUUCGGAAGCAGCUCGAGAAGGGCUCUGACAAGAGUCAGGAGAAGGGCAAGGAAAAAGAGGGUUCUGGAGUGAAGACGGAGGAUUCCAUGGAUGUAGAUGCCUCCACCGCCGAGGUUGUAGAAACCUCCAGCUCUGAUAAACAGUCCAAGGCUUCUCUGCCCACAGUUGCACUCGCCACCUCAGCAGCUCGUGCCGGUGCUCUUGCGUCUCACGAGGAACGGGAGAUGACCCGCCUAGUCUCUGCUGCCGUCAAUGUCACUCUGCAAAAGUUCGAGAUUAAGCUGCAGCAGUUCAAUGAGAUGGAAGAGAUCAUUGAGGCCGAACGCCGGGAACUCGAACUGGCUCGUCAACAGCUUUUCCUGGACCGGAUGGCCUUCAAGAAGCGUGUAAAGGAGGUCCAGGAUACCCUGCAAGCGGUUAGCCUGAAGGGACCCGGCGAGGACGCAAACAACAUCCUUGGUGAGGCUGCGACGGCAGGAAUCGGGAACCGCUUCAACUUCCAGCCUGCAGGCAGUGAUGCACGGGCUGGCGUACAGCCUUUGAGCGCGGAGGCAGGUGCUGACUACAAGACCCUGGACCUGUAA